CUGCACUGUGUUUAAGCAGAAUGAGCACAGUUGUGGUUAUACUCAAAACUUAAGUGCUUUACUCAGAGCUUUUAUUUCCUAUAGCAACAUUGUCUGAGAGGAUCCGGGAGCUAACUAAUUCGCCGCGUGUGUAUGAGUUUUAUUAUAGUGUUAAGUUUCAUAUUGAAUGUCGCUUGUCCUUUGUUGACAAACUUUUAACUUCCAGCAAGUCAAACAUCCGAUUAGCAUCAUGAGACACUUUGCUCAUCCUGCUGCCUUGGCUUACUCCAUGACAACGCUUGGGGCUGGCAUGAUGAACAGCAUUUUUAGUUUCUACUAUGUAAAGCUAUUCUUAAAUAAGUACCAAAUAUCAGAGACAGCCUUCCACCAGUCACAGGUUGUCUUUAUGAUCUGGAAUGCACUGAAUGACCCCUUGUUUGGAUAUUUGCAAGACAACUCGCGUAUGGAGUGUUGCUCACGGCGGAGGCUUUCCAUUUUAUACGGAGCCCCGCUGUACUGUCUGUCUUUCUUGCUGGCGUGGUUCCCGUGGAGGACGUACGAGCCGGAUGACUGGCUGAGCGGCGUCCACCUCAUGGUGACCCUCUGCGCUUUUGAUGGCAUGCUCACAUUCGUGCUGUUAGCCCAGUGCGCCCUCUUCGCAGAAAUCUCCGGUCACCAUCAGAACAGACUGAGGCUGAUUAAAUACAGCCAGGUGGCGUCUCUGGUGGGCUCCUCUAGUGUGCUGUUCUGUGGUCUCAUCUCCCAAAACAUGGACAACUUUGCUGCCUUCCAGGGCUUCAGCGUGGUUGUGGCCAUAUUGGCUUGUGUUUGCAUGCUGUACACGGGCUUCAACAGCGAGAGUCGAUUUGACAGUAAAGCCUCUGAAGAAGAUUCCCAGAGUCCUCAGAAGCCGCCGCUCUCGUUGUCAUCCGUCAUGUCCAUGACCUGGCAGAUCAUUACCAACAGAGACUUCCAGCUGUUCGUAAUCAUGAACUUUUUCCAGGUGUUCAUGGUGGCGUUCUGCAAUAACUUCACCAUGAUUUUUGCAGAGCACCUCAUUCCUCAGGAUGUCCUGCCAUCGCUUGCCAAGAGCUUCAUGUAUGGAGCUGGAUUCAUCUGUCCUCAGAUGUUGGUUUUGUGCAGCCAGAAUCUGCUCCAGAAGUUUGGCUACUACAGACUCAUUCUGAUCACCUUCUACGUGGAGGCCGGAGCUGCUGUGAUCAUGUUACUCCUGGGUCCAGGCAGCUACUAUUUCCUUGCAUUGUUCCUCACUUCCAACAUGGUCUUAGUUCAGGCGGCCUUCAGUCUCUUCAAUUUGCCUCUAGCUGACAUCAUUGACUCUGACCUGCAGAAAUACAAACGCAGCUCUCCUCUCUCGUCUAUGGUUUUUGGGACCAACGCUCUUUUCACAAAGCCGGCACAGUCUUUAGCUCCUAUGCUGGUUGUGGCGGUUCUAAACCAAUAUGGUUAUGCAGAAAUAAAAGAUGUUGCGAAGGCUGCAGAUCCAAGUGCUCUUCAGUCCCUACACAGUGCCAUGUUUUACCUGGUGUGUGUGGUGCCGCUGUGUGUCACAGGCCUGCAGGUGCUCGCAUGGAGGCCGUUCUCCAUACGAGAGAGCCACACAGUGGACUCAAAGUACAUCGAUGGGUGAAUUCGGCUCAUUUUAUUUCGUUUGUAUGCGCUCACCUGCAGCACUUGAUUUAUAUGUUGAUUUUUGUCAAACUACAGACUGUAAUGUAGUGGAAAAGGGAAUUUCUAGAUGAAUCUCUUAGUACUGUAAAGCAGGUUUGUUUCUCUGGUGGUUGUUGGUUGUACUGUAUGUACUGUAUCUCACAAAUCAGAUCAUCAGAAAUCAGAUACUUUAUCUGAAAUGUUGGAAAAUGUUAUGUAAGUAAAUUAAAUAUAUAGUCAGACAAUCCUUUUAAAAACAAACCUCAAAGUAAAGUGAAGUUGAGGGGUGUUGUAUCACCCUAAAGAGGUUUAUCAUGAGAGCACAUGACACCACUAAUUCCACUCUACUUAAAUAAAUAAAAAAAUGUAUGUAACAUAUUAGUUUGAGUGUAAAUUGUUUAAUUAUGUGUGAGGAAAGGGAGCAGGGAGUGGAAUGCUGUGGUUGACCAAUCAGAGUGAAGUAAUUCAGAGAGUCGUGUGAUAUGUGACACAUUCUCUCGAUGCCAAGCUAUAACGCAAAGCUUUGUGAUUGCAGUUACUAAUUCAAAUACCACUAAUUCAAACUGUAAAGGACCAAAU